ACAGAUAACUCGUAAAUAUCAGGGAGCAGGCUGGAGUCUUGCCAAUGAUUCUCACCAAAGGACUAAUGCUGUCCAUAUAUAUUUUUAAAGAAUACCAUUCUUUCAGGCAGGGAUUAUUUUUUCUGAUCUGCUAUUACAUAUCAAGAAGUUCAUGUUUUAUGUUAAAGUUUGUUUUUAUGUGUGCACAGUAUGGAAGUUUAAUUGAGCAGUUUAUACCGCCAAUUGAAAUGCAAGAGUAGUCCAAAAUGAGGAGGGGAAUUACCAGGGGAGGACACUCAAACCUCCCUGUCCCCAAGGCCUCCAGAGGAUCCCCGGGAAAUUCCAAGUCCUUAGGAAGGGGAGGAAACUUUGCCCACUCUGCAGAAGAUAUCCCCCAGAGAGUUCAGAGUUCAUAUGGAACCCCCUCUCCUCAUAGACGGGCUGUGUCCCCCGGUGACCAGAGGAGGGGAUUGAGUGUCCAUGGGGAUCAAGGGGGACAGGCUGGUGUGAGGUAUAUUACAGAAGACCUCAUCAAGAAAAUUGCUAAAGAGGAUGCCUUGGAAAUGAUCACAAAUCUUAACUUGACUCUGGCAAAGGAGGGGGGUAAAAAGAUUAAGUACAUUGAAAACUUGGAUAAGCUGAAGAAGUUACAACAAUUAAACCUGAGCAACAACAUGAUCGAGAAAAUUGAGAGGUUGGAGAAAUGUCUGAAGCUUCGUGAACUGAACUUGUCCUAUAAUCUGAUCCAUAAGAUUGAGGGGCUGGAAAAUCUGAUGUACCUGCAGGUGAUUAAUCUGACUGGUAACAGGAUCGAACACAUACCCAUCUGGCUGGCCAAGCGGUUGAGGGCCUUAAGGACUCUACAUCUGGGAAAAAAUAACCUGCAAUCACUAAGUGAGCUAGCUAAGUUGAAGCCCCUCCCGGAUCUGACCCAGUUAACAGUGGCGGAGAACCCGGUGGCCCAGUUACCCCACUACAGGCAGUAUCUCGUGUUUCACCUGCGGACCCUCGAAGUCCUGGACAGUCAGCCCGUCACAGAGAGGGACAGACAGAUGGCCCGGGACAGGUUCGAACAGGAUGAGCUGGAGCGAUUGGAGAGGCAAGUUGAGGAGGAUGACUCGAGGCUGAGGAAGCUUGAGGAAGAGAAGAAUCUCUCAGCUCACGAAUCCUCAUUGCUGAAAAAUCAGCAGGAAGAGUACAUGAGGCAGCAGAGGAUGUCCAUGGACAGAAUCAAGGACAUGGAAAGGGAGCUCGCAGCUAAAGAUGACCUGCUGAAAAAGAAAACUGGCGAGUUAAACAAAGCUUGUGAAAAACAUUAUCAGCUGGAACAGGAAUUAGCUUUCUAUAAAAUCGACUCAAAGUUUGACAGUCUUGGCAAAAGUCCCUCCAGUUAUCAAACAGAUGGGGAUGACAGCGGAGGCCUAGGUGAGAGUCCAUACAUAGGAAGGGCGCGAUACAAAGCUAAUCAGUACGCGAGGGAGUCCGAUCUCUCGGGGUCCCCCCAACAACACACCAGUGUCCACAGUCUGCCCAGCCCACAGCGAGCCGAGGUCAUGGAGAGGUUACACAAUCAGCUGGACAGUGAGCUCGCUCAGAAGCAAGAGCGAGUCCAGAAAACUAAUAGCCGAGUUAAAGAAACGGAGGACAGACUGAAAAGGUUACAAGAUGACCUUAUGGGGACGGAAAGAAAACUACUGCAGGCCACAAAAGACCUCAAACGUAUGGGAGACAUCCCAGAUAAAGACGAUAUUAAGGUCCAGAUACGCCAGAGAAUGGCCAAGAAAAUGCAGCUAGUAAAUGAACUGAGAGACAGUGCUACACAGAUAGAGGAAGAGAUGGAUAAAACCAAGAAUUCCAUGCAUCAGAACAAAAUGGAGGUUGCCCGACUCAAAGGACAGCUAGAGAGACUGGACACAAAGGAUCCAAAAUAUAGGAAGCUGUAUGCUGAAAUGGUAGAUAAGGAACAACAGAUUAGUGAGAGUAACCAGAUGUAUGGGCAGCUCAACCAACAACUGGAGGUCAUGUUAGAUACCAUCGCCAGGGAAACGGAAGACAUCAAAAAGCUAGAAGUCCAACUCAACGAUGAUCGUAUUGAAAGUAACGAGUCUAUUCGUAAUGAGCUGGACGAGAUAGUUGGAGGAUUACAGGGAUACUUAUCUCACGUGAAGACAAAGGGCCAGAAAGCUCAGCGAGAUUACGAGACGCUGCUCAGCGAGAAGAUGCAGCUUGAUGAUCAGUGUCGUAAACUGGAGCAGGAGCUCAGUGUCCUGGACAGUGAAGCUAGCAAAGUGCCCACACUUGAGCAGAGACUGAUGGAGUUGGAGGACUCGCUGGCCAAACACCAGGACAUGAAUCGGACGCUGGAGGACCAGAUCCACAGAAAUCGCUCCAAGGACGCCGAGUAUCAGGACAGGAUGGAGUCCACAGCUCACGAACUCCAGGAAAUGAAGCGAGCCAUGAAAGACGCCGAAAGGAAAGUCAAUAAUGAUAGACAACAAUUUGAGAGACAAAUACAGACUGAGCGAGAACGAGCUGAGCGAGCAAUGAAGGAAGCUCGAGAAAAACAGCAUCUGGAGGACGAGAUUAGGAAACUACAGGGUCAAUAUAACAAUACUAUGGCUCAAUUAGGUGACAGAGAGAGAAAAUUAAAUGAUUCCAUUCCUCAACCAGAAUUGAAGAAGCGGUUAAAGGACCUCACACAAACCAUCAAAGCUGGCAGGAGCCCUAUCAGUCCACAGAGUGAUAGGGAUGUGCUGGGAAAAACCUUCAAGGAGCUUCAGCAGUUUAUCCAGGAUAAUGCCAACAAGAGUCUUCAUGAAGUUGAACAAAUGAAGAAAACCACCAACCAGCCUCUUGAAUCUGGCAAUGUACAUGCUGAUGCGGAAAUUCAGACUCUGAGAGAAAAUCUGAAAAAGGCAGAAAACAAGCUACAAAGACGAUCAGAGAAGGACCAGAGUAGAGACGAAAAGCUGGAUGCUGAGAAAAGAGCAAACAGGGAAUUGCAGAAUGAAAUACAGAGACUAAAAGCGGCAUAUAAAGAUCUGGAGAAUAAGUCUGCUCAGGGUCGACCAAUCAUGAAGAUCGUGUACAGACCAGAAUCUGAGACAGACUCACUGAAUUCUGAGGAGAAAGCUCUGUAUGAUGAACUCCAGAGGGAGCUGUUAGAACUACGACGUAACAUGAGAGUCAAAGAGAACGAAAACGCAAAGCAUCUGGCCAAUGUUGAAAAUGAGGCUGCCAUGUUGGAACAGAUGGUGAGAGAGCAGGAAGAGGAACUAGCCAAGACACGAGAGGAAAACGAACUUGAGAAGGAAAAGUAUGAGGCUCGAAUGCAGGUCAUUGCUCAGGAUCUGGAGCAGGCACAGGUGACGGCAGACCAGCUGAAGCACAUGUUGGACGAACGUGAUGCCAUCCUUCACGGAGAAAUGCAGAACAAGAACAUGAACAACCAGAUGAUCACUGAUUUAAAUUCAAAAGCAGGUGCCCAGGAAGCAGAGUUGACCAAGCUGUACGACAUUUUGGAGACUCAGCGACAGGAAAUGGAGCAUCUGAACCACCUACUGGACACAAUGGCUGCCGGAGGAAGUGCUGCUGCUGGUCCUGCUUUUGAUGAUGAGUUGUGGAAAUUAAGACAGGAGGUCAACCGCUUAAAAGAGACUCUAGCCAUGCAGUCUGCAUACAUUCAAUCCAUGCCUAAUCCCCAGGGUACAGUUGGCACUCAAGCUAGCACUGGGGUGGGCCCAACUCAGGGAAUGCCAUAUCAUGGUCAAGCUUCUGGACCCUCACCUUACAGACCAGUAUUAACACAGCAGCUCGGGGCUCCCAUUGGGGUCAUGCCUGGGGCACCAAUGGGAUCUGUGCUUGGAGCAAGAGGAACAAUGGGCCCUCAGUAUACAGCUCAGGGUGGUGUUCCGUUUAGUAGCUAUCAGCCAGGGAUAGGGGCAGAGAGAGGGGAAGCAAGAGAACCAUCCGGAGGAAGACCUGCAGGAAGGUCAAGGUCAAGUGAAGGUAGACUAACACAAGGACAGAGACAUUCCAGCAGAGGUGGAGGUCGUGAUUCAGACAGGGAAAGUGUCAGAAGUCACAGGAGUGGAAGAUCUGGACCUAGCCGGACAGGACGAGAAAGAACCAGGUCUUCCCGCUCUAAAACAGCAUUCGAGCCAGUGCAUAAGCCACAAGCUUACAAGCCAGUCCAGACUACAGGAGUCUAUCCAUCAGGUGUGGUUAACGCUAGUCAGGGUCCCCAACCACAGCCCUCUCACAACAUUCCAGGAUAUCAGCCAGCCACAGGGUCUUUCCAUGGUAGUCUCUUCCCACAGGGUGUUGCUCAAACUAGAGGGGCUGGUCAGACCCCAGGAAUUGCAGGCACACAAACACCAGGCUAUGGCAGUACCCAGACCCCUGGAUAUGGUGCCACACAGGCCUAUGGAUAUGGUACAAACCCAGGUGUGGCUGCUGGUGCCACUCAGACCCCAGGCACCCAGGGUACACAGACUGCUUACCCUGUUGGACAGAUAAAUUACGUACCUGUGGCAGCCAAUCCUAUUCAGUCCACAGGAUCUGGUAGGAUGUUCCUUCCUGCUUACUCCACAUCUCCUGAACGACCUGCGGGUAGGAUCUACUACCCUCCUGGUGGUGCCCCACCACCCCCACCCCCACCUUCUUCAGGAGCCACCCAGUAUGGUCCCUCAUCUCCCGGUCCCCGGGUCACAUUUCUGCCUUUAGCUCCAGUGGCCGCUGGAACACCGGUGAAGGGCCGCGCACCAGAUGGUUCCAUGACUGUCCCACCUAGCCCCAUAGUGGCAGGGUCAGUUAGCAUGGAUGGGGGCCAGCCACGGGGAAUCCUGAAAAACGCGGAUGGAGGUGGAGACGAUACAUACCUGUUCUGUAACGUCCCAGAACACCAUGACCUGGAGGAUUAUAUAGCAGAACUUCAGGAAAAACUCAAAAGACUCAAAGCAAAAGCUGCCCGGGAGGAAGAAUUACAAAGACAGGCAGAAGAGGAUGAUGAGAACAGAUUGAUACGCAGACUACGAGGGGAGUUGGAGCAAAGAAGAGAUGAGCUUGAAGGAUUGGAUUUAGCCAUUGACAAACAGAAGAAAUGUUUGAAAGAUUUAAAGAGAGAGGAGAAAUUCCUGGAACAUGAAAGAAUAGCAGCAAGGGAUGAACUGCAAUUUAUGAGACAUCACAAUGCAAAGGAGAAUAGGAAAAGGCAAUUACGAGCCAAUGUGUUUGAUGAAUCUUUCACGGAGGAAGAACAUAUUGGCAUGGCUGGAAGUCGAAGGAAGUUCUUAAGAAAUGAAAUAGACGCACUAGAGCGAACCUUGGCCAAGCGGCGGAGUCAGUUACAAGACGCAGACAAACUCCUACGUGUUUGUAACUCCGAUCUGGAGGAUGCUAAAGAAGAGGCAAGACAGACUGUACAAAAGUUUGAUUUGGCAACAGAGAGUUUACAGAAUACAGUGAAGGAGACAGGGGAACUGGAGAAGCGAGCCAAUCAGGCCGGGGUAGAGCUCAUCAAGGCCUCGGACACGCUCAGUGCAAUAAGGGCAGAGGUCAAGGAUGCCGAGCGAAAACGAGCAAAACAAGAGAGACUGUUAAGAGACAUCAACCAGGUCACUGCCAAAAAAGAUGCAGAGUACAAAGACCUAGAAAGUCGAAUAAGGAGUGCUACUCAAAACUUACACAAACUUCAUGCUGAGCUCGCUGCAGCAUCUGCCAGAGAGAAAGAAACCGUGUCAGCAUUAAAUGACGCAGAGGAAGUUCUGACCAAACGUCGAGCUGAUAUUGCAAGAAUGCGCGACCAGAUUGACCAACAGAAGCAGGAGUUAGAAAAACUGGACCAGAAGAUGGGAAAAAAGAGAACAGAAUUCAAGAUACUCCAAGAAUCACUGGAGAAAAAAUCCACAGAGCUUACGUCAAUGCUAAGGGACGCUGAGGCCGAAUGUGUGUCCAGGCAAAGGGAGGCUAGGGAUCUCAAAGACAAAGUGAAUGAACUGGAGAUGCAGAAAAAUGAACUGUUACAAACUCUGAAAAUCAAACGAGGUGAACUCCAUAAACGCAAGGAGGAAGUGGAGACCGAGGAUGAAGUGCUACAAAAACUGAUCAAUUCUGUGAACAAAAACAAGUCUGAACUGCAGCAUGUGUUUGAAAUGCAAAAGAUUGAAAAACAUGAAUUGGACAGUUUAAAAUCGCAGCAUGCACAGAAAUUGGCAGAACUAGAGAAAACUCAGAGAGAAUUGCUGGCAGAGAGAUCGCAGUUAGACCAAUUGUGCGCUGAGACAAGUCGGAAAUCUGCCGAGGUCGACCGAUUACGACAGGCACUGGACCGUGACAGACAGGAAGUGGAGAGACUGGCCCUAGAGAAGCAGUCGCUGGAAGACCGCCUUACUGCCAUGUCACGAGAGAAAGACAUGAUGGAUGAGAGCACCAAGAAUAUGGACAACAAAAUCAACCAAAUGAGGAGAACACAGAGGUCUGUAGAAGAAAAGUUAGACUCCUCCACCAAGAGAUUUGAGAGUGUGGAGCUGGAGCUCAGACACAGGGAGAAAGAACUGGAGGAGGCCAACCAUCAGAGAGCUCAGCUACAGAAGGAGGUCCACGCCCUCAAAACUACAGUCAAAGACUGCAAGAGUGAACUAAAGACAUUGAAAGAUCACAUCAGAGAUUCAGAAGAUCAGCGAAAAAGUUUGGACCAAGAUUUAAAAGACAUUUAUCUUAAGAGAGAUGAAGCCAAGUUAGAGUACGAGCGCUUAAAUGAAGGAAUUCGUCAAAGCAGGGUAGCACAUGAUGAUUACAUGCGACAGGAAAAGGUCAAACAGUCCGAGUUACAGGAACUCUUGAAAAAUGUGAAUGAUAAAUCUAUAGAAUACCAAGAAGCAAAAAUGGCACUUAAUAAAGUAAGAAAGGAAGUCGAGCGGGAAGAAAGCAAACUUAACAAGUUGGUCAGUAAUGCUAAUUUAGAAUUAGAGAACAUUCGCUCAGAUCUGAAAUCCAAGCAGUUAGAGUUGGAACAAGCCACUUACUCCGUCCAUAACCUAAAGAAAGAGUCAGAGAAAUUGCAUGCCAGUGAAGAAAAGUUUAUGGAUUUAGACAAACAAAUCAAAAGUUUGGAGAAAGAAAUAUUGGACAGAAAUGAGGAGAAGAAUGAGUUGGCCAAAGCAUUAUCUAGGUCAUACGAAGAACUGCAGAAAGCCCGCACUGCCUCUGCACAGGAACAGGAACGAAUGACAAGAGAGCGUUUAGAACUUGAAAAUGCUCUCCAUGACAUUCAGACCCAGCUAGAACAAGCGAAACAGGAGAUGAAACAGAUGCAGAAUCGGACGUCGCAUCAGGUGACAGAACUGCAGAAUUUGGCAGAAAUCCAAUUCAGUCGGGCCAAUCGACUGGGUGACGAACUUAAUAAAAUACGCAAAGACAACAAAGAAAUGAGAAGAAAGCUACUAACGAAGAAUCAGUUGAACGAAAUUGAGAAAGAAAAUGAGGAUUGUUUCAAUUCAAAUCUUGUCGAUGACGACAAUGACAAGUCGGACGGUGAACUUCAGCACCCAGACGUUAUAGACCGGCACCUCGCCAACCUCCAGUACACUGCCCUGCCACAAGCUGAGGUGAUGUCCGAUAACAAGGAGAAUAUUAACAUAGAAGGAGGGGGGUCUGGCAAGGACAGCAUAAAGGGGAAAAUGACGGAGGAACAGGAUCUCCUCAGGCAUCAAUUACAAGAGCAGAUGAGGAGACAUGCGGAAGCCAUGGAGCAUGCUCGGCUCCAGUCAGAGGGGACAAUAGAGAGCCUGAGACAGAAGAUGAAUGCUCUGCAGGACGUGCUGGUCUCCACGGGGGAGGACUCCAACACCAGACUCUCCCUGAUCAGGAAAAGAUCGCGGUCCUCCUCCCCUGGCAAAUCUCUACUGGACACCACCAUUAGGGGUAGGCAAAGAUCUAAAAGCCCCAUAUCAGGACGAAGUUACCUAGCACAGCGACCUAGGUCAAGGUCCGGGUCAUACGAAAGGUCCCUAUUUCCAGAGAGAGAUCUUCCAUGAGGUGAAGAACAACAGAAAAAUGGAAUACUGUUAAAAACUCUGUACAACUUUUCCAAGUUGGUGGGUCCAGUUGAACUGUGAUGUUUCUACAAUAGUCCUAACAAGUCUGUUGAACAUUCCUGUCCAAAGCUAUAUGUGAUUACAAUUUACAACAACAUGUAGUAUUGUAUAUAAUUAAUUUUAUUAUUUUUUUUGAAUAAAAUAUAUUUUUAAUUAGGUAGGUCCUAUGUUUGUCUUUACAGUUUUCAAUUUAUUCUCUUUUUUUUUACAUGCAUAAAGAUUUUUGUACAAAAUCUUGUAUAUUCCAGUCCAUCCAGAAAUUAUCCAUUCCUUAAAAA